AUGGAAAACGAAAUUACAUCUAUCAAUGUUGGUCUUCUUGGUGCAGCCAACAUCACACGUCUUGUGUGGGCCUCUAUUCACCGUGCAGGCCACAAAGUAACAUUAAUUGGUGUUCGCGAUCCCGAAAGAGGCGCGGCAUUUGUGCAGGAAGUCUGUGAUGAACUUAACAUUCCCAAUUCCGCAGACCACCGCCCCCGUGUAACCACAUAUGAUGAAGUGGUUUCUUCUCCCAAUGUGGAUUUGGUUUAUAUUCCCAUUCCCGUCACCACCAGAGAGGCAUGGGUGAAGAAGUGUGUGGAGAAUGGAAAACAUGUGGUGGGGGAGAAACCCCCAGCGGCCUCAGCAGAACAACUGCGAGAAUGGAUAGAAGCCCUGGACGCCAAAGAACUUCUCUACAUGGAUGGCACUAUGUUUUCACAUGGAAAACGUGUGGAACUCGUUUCCGCCGCCGCCCGCACAUUGGGUCCCAUUAAACACAUGCACUCCAAUCACUGUCUAAAUGCCCCACCCGAGUUCUUUGAAAAAGAUAUUCGCAUGGAUCCUUCCUUAGAACCCCAUGGGGCUCUUGGGGAUAUGGGUUGGUACAGUAUUCGUUACUUUCUUCACGUAAUGGACCAACACACACCAACAUCCGUUACCGGCCGUAUUAUCAAAACCGGUGGAGAAAAGGGUGCGAUUGUGCAAUUCUCCGGUGAACUCACCUUCGAGGUGGAUGGCCACACCACCAUCGCCUCUCUCUUCACCAGCUUUGAUGGGAUGGAUGAACAAACCCUCACGGUCGCUGGCACAGAGGCCGUGCUGCGAGUAAAAGAUAUGUGCCAUCCAGUGACGGGCUCUCCCGCCGCGUGGACCAUCACCCGCGAAAAGACAUCCGUGCGGGGCUGUCGAUGGGAAGUGGAACGCGAUGUGCAGCACUACUCCUCAGAGGACACCACAGAGAGUCAACGGGAUGAUAUGUGGAGGGAUGUGGGCCGCAUCAUUUAUCGAAAUGCGGCGGGGAAACUUGUGGCCCGUGAGGAGCAGCGGCGGUAUUGGUCCACACUGGCGUGGAAAACACAGGCGGUGAUGGAUAAAAUGCUCAACAGCGCCAAUGCCUUACAUGUAGUAGCGGUAUAA